CGGACAGCGCGGAGAGAAGGUCACCCUGCUGAGAGAUCGACCUCUAAAGACUCUUGUAUGAGAAAGAAGCCCUGAAAAGGAGGGAGAGGAAAGAACAGGAGUCAGAAAUGGCUCUUUCUCAGGCACAGUUGACCUUCAAGGAUGUGGCCAUCACAUUCUCUCAGGAGGAGUGGGAAUGCCUGGACCCUGCUCAGAGGGCCUUGUACAGGGACGUGAUGUUGGAGACCUACAGGAACCUGGUCUCCCUGGAUAUCUCUCACGUACAUGUGAUCAAGAAAUUACAACUAAAUGCAAACACUGAUAGAGCAGAAGUAUUCCAAACACUGAUAUUGGGAAGACAUGAAAGGAAUAAAAUCAAGCAUUUUUACCUCAGGGAAAUCCAGGAAAAUAUACAUGACUUUGAGUCUCAGCCAAGAGAUGAGGAAAGAAAUUACAAAGGAAUGCCUAUAAAACAUAACAAAAAGCUGACUGAUAAGAGAGAUCGACAUGGUAGAAGCAUUGCAGGAAUCAAGCCUAUGGAAAACAGGCUGGCAUUAAGCUUUCAGGAUGAACUGCAUAUUUUCAAAAAUGAAGAGAAAAUUGAUGAAUUUAAUCAAGCUGACAAGAGUAUCAGCAUUAGUGCCUCAUUUUCACCACUUCAAGGAACUUCUACUGUCCAAACCACCAUUUCUAAUUCACAUGAGAAUGAUUUUAUGCAUCCUUCAAUACUGACACAAGACCAGAGUGCAUGCAUGGAAAGCCCUUACAAAUGUAAUCAGUGUGGCAAAACCUUUCAUCGGGGCUUAAAUCUCACUCAGCAUCAGUUGAUCCAUACAAAAGAGAAAAUAUUUAAUUGUGAUGUAUGUUGCAAAGUCUUUAGUCGAAAUUCAGACCUUGCAAUUCAUCGAACAAUUCAUACUGAAGAGAAAUCUUACAAAUAUAACGAGUGUGGCAAAACCCUUAAUCAUGGCUUGCGCCUCACUGGACAUCAGAUAAUCCAUACAAAAGAGAACUUAUAUAAAUGUGAUGUAUGUGAAAAAGUGUUUAGUCAAAGUUCAUACCUUGCAGUUCAUCAGAGAAUUCAUACUGGAGAGAAACCAUACAAAUGUAAUGAAUGUGGCAAGGUCUUUAGUCAGAAUUCAUACCUUGCAAAACAUCGCAGAAUUCAUACUGGAGAGAAACCUUACAAAUGUAAUGAGUGCGGCAAGGCUUUUAGUCAAAAAGGAAACCUUGCAAGUCAUCAGAGAAUUCAUACUGGAGAGAAACCUUACAAAUGUAAUGAGUGUGGUAAGGUAUUUAGUAUUAGAUCAACCCUUGUCAGUCAUCAGAUAAUUCAUACUGGAGAGAAACACUACAAAUGUAAUGAGUGUGGCAAAACCUUUUAUUUUGGCUCACACCUCAUACAACAUCAAAUCAUCCAUUCAGGAGAUAAACCAUAUAAAUGUGAUAUAUGUGGCAAAGUCUUUGGUCAAAAUUCAUACCUUGCAGUUCAUCGGAGAAUUCAUACUGGGGAGAAACCUUACCAAUGUAAAGACUGUGGCAAAAUCUUUAAUCACAGCUCAAACCUCAGGAGACAUCAGAUAAUCCAUACAGGACAGAAAUUAUGUAAAUGUGAUAUAUGUGGCAGAGUCUUUAGUUAUAAUUCAUACCUUGCAAUUCACCGGAGAGUUCAUACUGGAGAGAAACCUUACAAAUGUAGUGAGUGUGGCAAGGUGUUCAAUCGGAAUUCAAAUCUCGUAAUUCAUCAGAGAAUUCAUACUGGAGAGAAACCUUACAAGUGUAAUGAGUGUGGCAGCUGCUUUAGUCGAAAAGCAUACCUUGCAAAGCAUCAGAGUGUUCAUACAAAAGCGAAACCUUACAAAAGUAAAGACUGUUGAAAAACCUUUACUUAGAUCUCAACUCUCACUACAUAUCAGGUAAUAAAUACAAAGGGGGAAUCAUAUUCACGUGAUAUAUGUGGGAAGGUCUUCACUCAAAAUUGACACUUUGGGCUUCCCUGGUGGCACAGUGGUUGAGAAUCCGCCUGCCAAUGCAGGAGACACGGGUUCGAUCCCUGGUCUGGGAAGAUCCCACAUGCUGCGGAGCAACUAAGCCCGUGCGCCACGACUACUGAGCCCGCAUGCCACAACUACUGAAGUCUGUGCGCCUAGAGCCCAUGCUCUGCAACAAGAGGAGCCACCGCAAAGAGAAGCCUGCGCACCACAACGAAGAGUAGCCCCCGCAAUGAAGACCCAAUGCAGCCUUAAAUAAAUAAAUAAAUAAAUAAAUAAAUAAAUAAAUAAAUAAAUAAAAUUUUGAAAAAUCCUUAAACAAAACAAAAUUGACACUUUAAAUUCAUGGAAGAUUCAUAGUGGAGAGAAACUAUGCACAUGUCAUGAGUGUGGCAAAGCCUCACCAUCACAUAAUCUAUACUGGACAGAAACUCUAGAAAUGUAUUGAAUUUCUCAAAGUCUUCAGUCAAAAUUCAUACCUUAAGGUGCACUGAAGUUUCAUAUUGGAAAGCUGCCUGACAAAUAUGAUGAGUGUGAAAAAUCCGUCAGUGUACUUAGAAGCUUAUCUUACUGUCAGGUAAUCCACAUUGAUGACGAACUUCAAGCAAGGGUUUUAGCAGCUGUCCACAUCUUAGGCUUCACUGAAAAUAUCAUUCUGGAGAGAAACCGGUAGGUGUGUUUAGUAUGACCAGUCCUUAGACAAGGAAGUCAUUCACCAAAGAAUUCAUUCUGGAGAUUACCUCACAAAUGCUAUGAAUGGGCAAAACCUUUACUCAGGGCUCACAUCCCGCCAAUCAUCAGAUAAUCCAUACUGGGGAGAACAUUACAGAUGUACCAAAUGUGGCAAAGUUUCAAGUUAGUGCUCACUUGUCACUAGAUAUUGGAAUAUUUAUCCUGGAGAGAAACCACUCAAAUAUUAUGUGUGUGGUAAGGAUUUUACACAAAGAUCACAAGAUGGGAAGGUACUGGAACUAUCCCUUACUAAUGCAACUAGUGUGGCAAAAUCUUUACCUUGAGUUCAAAUAUUAGGCAACAGUGGAGAGUCCACUGAAGAGAAACACUACAAAUGUAUGAGCAGAGGCUUUAUCCUGGCUGCACAAUUCACCAGACUUCUCAAUAUGUAUCUUUGAGAGGAACCACACGAACUAAUAUGUGUGCUAAGGCUUAUACCUAAAGAUGAAAUUUCUGAAACAUAGAGGAUUUAGUUUGGAGAGCAACGUUUCAAAUGUAAUGAAUGUUGUAAAAGUUUUCAUCAGGUAUCUACACCUUUAGUGUAAUGAUAAAAUUCAUACAGGUCGGAAACUAUAGAGAUUUACUGAACGUGGAAAGAAUUUGAUGAAACGAUGCGUCCUGAGGUUUCACCACAGAACUCAUAUGAGGGAUAAUCCUUACAAAUGUAAUGAAUUAGGUAAAUUUUUUGUGCCAUUCUUAAAUCAGCCUACAUAUCAGAGAGUCUAUACUAGGCAUAAGUACUUCUCCAGGAUUAAUGUGAGAUUGUUAUGUACCUUAGAAUCAUUACAAGUCACAGUAUGUUAAAAAUUAUGAAUUAUGUAUAUGACAGGAAGAAUAACGUGUAAAUGGCCAAUUAUCUUCACUGUAAAUAUUGUUAAUUGAAUUUUAUUGAAAAAGCCACAUUACUAUUUAUGCCUUUCAACCUGAAGUUUGAAGUCUGUUGAUCUUAUGCCUUCAUUACAGGCCUUUGAUGAUUGUCUCUGGGAAGGAAUCAGUAACAUAAGGGGGCCAACUUCAUUAGGUGUGGUUCAUUCACAUCCAUGUUCCCUGGAAAAACAAGGCCCCUGAAUUACCAAAUUCAAUAGUUGUGAAUCAGCAAUAGGGAGGAGCGGAGAAUAAUAUAAAACUGCCUUGACUCAUCAUGCUUGUUAUGUUCAGGGUGCAUGGAUAGGUCACUGUGGUUACAGGACAGAAUGCUCUACUAGCUGACCAUCAACAGAGCAGUAAGGACAUAAAGGGACUGGACUUGCCAUGAGAGGAGAGUGACAGGUUGCUAGGGACUGAUUAUGUGGUAGGAACGAUGUGUCGGAAAAGUUGGUCACCUCUUCCACUGCAUGUGAAUAGGUGGUGUUUGCAUCUAUGUUUAAUGAGAAAUUAGACUCAUUCUUGGGAAUUGAAGGGAGAGCAGUAAACGUUAGAGGAAAUUUUAAUUACUGGGUGAGGCUUGGUGGAGGAUAAGCUUACGGUUUGAAUGUCCAGUUUCUCUCAAAGGAAGGAGCCCUUAGGCUUUUUUAUCAGUCUGUCCAGAUAGGCUGAAUAAGAAGAGGUUUUCCUGAGGAUUAAGAGGUGUCAAUAGUCAAACAUCAAAAAAUGGAGUCAGGGGACUUCCCUGGCAGUCCGGUGGUUAGAACUCCGAGCUCUCACUGCCGUGGGCCUGGGUUCAACCCCUGGUCGGAGAACUAAGAUCCCACAAGCCGCAUGGUGCAGCCAAAAAAAAAAGAAAAGAAAAGAAAAAAUGGAGUCAGACUCUUUAAUAAAACACUGAGGCAGAGCCCCCUCGCCUACCCACUUGUAUCCCUCACAAGUGUCCUAUAUUAAUAAGUCUACUUCUUGCCUGUCACUUUACCUCUCGCUGAAUUCCUUCUGCGCUGAGACACAAAGAACCUGAGGCUCAGGAAGUCCAGAGACCAGAUACAGAAACCCCCACCAGGUGGGAAAAAUGAACCGUGUGCUACCCACAAGCAUGUACACCCCAGACUGGUGGGAAGGAGAAGGUUGAGGAUGUUGACUCCCGCUUACCUCCCCACCAACCAAUCAAAAGAAUGUCCACGCGCUGAUCACGCCCUCUCUGAACCAUUACUAUAAAACUCACUACCCCCUCCAGGUUGGGACACACAGUUUUGAGGGCAUUAGCCCGCUGUGGCCUCUUUGCCUGGCAGAGCAAUAAAGCUGUUCUUCUCUACUUCACCCGAAAAGAAAAGAAAACAAACACUGAAUGCUUACUCUUGAAAUUCCUGAGUUCUUGACUUGGCAAACCACACUUUUCUUCAUGCUAAUCCUUUCUUAACAUUUCUUUUCCUGCAGCACACAUACAUUCCAUUGUUCAAUAUGGUUCUUGAAAAUGCUUGUAAAAUACUAUUUGGAUAACUUGUCAGAGAUAUUUUUACCUUAGUUUAAUAAAAUUAAUGUUUGGAAAUGUUUAUUAGAUAAUGUAACUAAGCAAUUUACUCAAAGAGCAAUUUUCUAAAUGCUAUUAAAACUUGAGUUUCAAAUUAGGCUAGUACACAAUGUGUUACAUUGUUUUCUACUGUAAUAAAAAAUGUUUUGAAUUGUUUCCUUAGCGAUAAUUUUUUCUGUCGCAUAUAUUUCUCCUGUUUUUAUAGCAUGGGAUAUGUAAAUUAGUGGGUUGUUUUGGGACUUCUGUGACAUGAUAAUGCCCAUAAGGCAAUGACAGGUACAAAGUAGGUGCAUUAUAAAUAUGAAGAAAAACUGGUACUUUAGGGCUUUAGUUCAGUGAAAAAACUGGAGUGGCAAAAUGGUGACAUGAAAUCUCUCUUGUGGGAGGUGGCUAUGGUCAGGUGCUUGAAAAUCAAGUGUGUGGAGUUGAACAAACAUGCAGUGAAGUGAAAGAAAUUACAAGGAUGAAUGAGAUAGACUGCAGAAUUCCAAUUAUAGUUUGUGACAAGGAGAGAAUCUCCAUUCCCAAGUGUCUGGAAGCUGUGCUGCCCUUUCCUAUUGAUAUGUUCACAUUCAGAACCAGAAGAUCUUGCAGAGAAAAUAACAUUUGUGCUACUUUUGGUAUGUCAACUGACACCCAGUAUCCUCCACAUAGAAUUUGUUCCCAACCAAGAAUAAUGUAUUUUUCUUUGAUAAGUGAUCUUGAUUAUUAUUAUUAUUUAUUUAUUUAUUUAUUUAUUUAAGCUGUACCAUGUGGCUUGCGGGAUAUUAGUUCCCCAACCAGGGAUUGAACCUGGGCCCCGGCAGCAAAAGUGACGAGUCCUAACCACUGGACUGCCAAGGAAUUCCCUGACUUAUAUUAUCUUUAAUAUGAAUUCUUUCUAUGAUUCAUUUCUGUAAUAUUUUAUGAUGUAUUUUGGAAUCUUCAUGUGGGAUUUAACUGGUCAUUUUGUUUACUUUCUCUUUUUUUUUUUAUUAACUUUGUCUAGUUUUUUAUCCUAGUAAUACUGGCCUUAUAAAUUGAGUUGACAAGUACUCCCUCCUUUUCUUGUCUUAAAAAGAAAUUUUAUAGCCUGCUGUAUAUAGCACAGGGAACUCUACUUUAUACUCUGAUGGCCUAUAUGGGAAAAGAAUCUGAAAAAACAAAAAAAAAGAGUGGAUAUAUGUAUAACUGAUUCACUUUGCUGUACACCUGAAACAACAUUGUAAAUCAACUAUACUCCAAUAAAAGUUU